GGCGCAGGCGCAGACGGGUCGCUCCAGCCGAGUGGCGGGAAAGGCUGCGGCCCCGCACCUCAGUGCCGCUGUCUCUCCGAGGCUCCGGGGGACGCGCGGAGAGCGGGGCCCUGCGUCCCUCUUCCUUGUCACUCAGGCCUCCACGACUUCAUCUCCUGGCUCCAUUGUCCGUCCUCCCAAUAGCUGGGCCUUUGGUGUGUGGACUUGUCCAUGAUGAACUGUGAACUUCUAGCCACGUGUAGUGCCCUUGGGUACUUGGAAGGAGACACUUACCACAAGGAGCCAGAUUGCUUAGAGAGUGUGAAGGAUUUGAUCCGCUACUUGAGGCAUGAGGACGAGACGAGAGACGUGCGGCAGCAGUUGGGAGCUGCGCAGAUCCUGCAGAGCGACCUCCUGCCCAUCCUCACCCAGCACCGCCAGGACAAGCCUCUCUUCGAUGCCGUCAUCAGGCUGAUGGUGAAUUUGACUCAACCGGCCUUGCUCUGUUUCGGCAGCGUGCCUAAGGACCCCAAUGUGCGGCACCAUUUCCUGCAGGUUUUAACUUACCUGCAGGCCUACAAAGAGGCCUUUGCCAGUGAGAAGGCUUUUGGAGUCCUCAGUGAAACCUUGUAUGAGCUGCUGCAGCUGGGCUGGGAGGAUCGGCAGGAAGAAGACAAUUUGCUAAUAGAACGGAUCCUGUUACUAGUCAGGAAUAUUCUCCACGUCCCAGCCGACCUUGAGCAGGAGAAGAGGAUCGAUGAUGAUGCCAGCAUCCACGACCGGCUUCUUUGGGCGAUGCAUCUCAGCGGCAUGGACGACUUGCUCCUCUUCCUGUCCAGCUCAUCUGCUGAGCAGCAGUGGAGUCUCCACGUGCUGGAGAUUGUUUCCCUGAUGUUCCGAGACCAGAACCCUGAGCAACUAGCCGGGACAGGGCAGGGGCGCUUGGCUCAGGAGCGAAGCACAGAUGUGGCAGAAUUGGAGGUGCUGCGCCAGCGGGAGAUGGCGGAGAAGAGAACUCGAGCCCUCCAGCGAAGCAACAGGCACUCUCGAUUUGGGGGCUCCUACAUUGUCCAGGGGUUGAAGUCCAUUGGGGAGAGGGACGUCAUCUUUCACAAAGGCCUUCACAAUCUCCGAAACUACAGUUCAGAUCUGGGGAAGCAGCCCCGGAGGGUGCCGAAGCGUCGCCAGGCUGCCCAGGAGCUGUCCAUUCAUCGCCGUUCUGCCCUCAAUGUGAGGCUCUUCCUCAGAGACUUCUGCUCGGAGUUCCUGGAGAACUGCUACAACCCGCUCAUGGGCGCAGUCAAGGAUCACCUGCUGCGGGAGAAAGCCCAACAGCAUGAUGAGACCUACUACAUGUGGGCUCUGGCUUUCUUUAUGGCCUUCAACCGAGCUACCUCCUUCCGCCCUGGCUUCGUCUCCGAGACCCUCAGUGUCCGUACCUUCCACUUCGUGGAGCAGAACCUCACCAACUACUAUGAGAUGAUGCUGACUGACCGCAAGGAGGCCGCCUCCUGGGCACGCCGGAUGCACUUGGCUCUCAAGGCUUAUCAGGAGCUGCUGGCCACAGUGAAUGAGAUGGACAUCUGCCCAGAUGAGGCCGUGAGAGAGAGUAGUCGCAUCAUCAAAAACAACAUUUUCUAUAUGAUGGAGUACCGAGAACUCUUCCUGGCACUCUUCCGAAAGUUCGAUGAGAGGUACCACCCACGUUCAUUCCUUCGUGACCUGGUGGAAACCACCCACCUCUUCCUCAAAAUGUUGGAACGGUUUUGUCGGAGCCGAGGAAACCUGAUGGUGCAGAACAAAAGAAAAAAGAGAAAAAAGAAAAAGAAGAUUCAAGACCAAGGUGUUGCUCCUGGUAAUGUCUCACGUAGCCCUGGGGAGCUGGAGGCCAUGUGGCCAGCCCUGGAAGAGCAGCUGCUGCGGUGUGCCCAGGAGCCUGAGCUCAGUAUAGACUCCAUCGCUCCCUUUGACGCGGCCUCAGAGAUACCAGUGGAAGAGCAGCGGGUAGAAGCCAUGGUGAGGCUCCAAGACUGCCUUCUGGCUGGCCAGGCCCCACAAGCCCUGGCCCUCCUGCGGUCUGCCCGGGAGGUGUGGCCUGAAGGAAACGUGUUCGGCUCCCCGGACAUCUCCCCUGGGGAAGAAAUGCAGUUGCUGAAGCAAAUCCUUUCCGCGCCCCUUCCAAGGCAGCAGGAGCCGAUGGAAGGAGAUGCCGAGGAGGAGGAGGAGGAGGAGGACGAGGAGGAGGACGAGGAGAUGCAGGUGGUCCAGGUGUCAGAGAAAGAGUUUAACUUCCUGGACUACUUGAAACGCUUUGCAUGCUCAGCCAUCGUGCGAGCCUAUGUGCUCCUGCUGCGGAGCUACCGGCAAAACAGCGCUCACACCAACCACUGUAUUGCCAAGAUGCUGCACCGGCUGGCCCACGACCUGGGGAUGGAAGCCCUGCUUUUCCAGCUCUCGCUGUUCUGCCUCUUCAGUCGGCUUCUGAGUGACCCGGCUGCCGGGGCCUACAAGGAGCUAGUGACUUUUGCCAAAUACAUCCUUGGCAAGUUCUUUGCCUUGGCUGCAGUCAACCCAAAAGCUUUUGUGGAGCUGCUGUUCUGGAAGAACACUGUGGUGGUCCGAGAGAUGACUCAGGGAUAUGGCUCCCUUGACACUGGCCACAGAGCCGCUGCAUGGAGCCCUGAGGAAGAGGCCCAGCUUCAGGAUCUAUACCUCGUCCAUAAGGAUGUGGAAGGGCAGGAUGUGGUGGAGAUCAUCCUCGAGCAUCUAAAACCUGCUUCUCGAACACGCAAGCAGGUCAUCCACCAUCUGGUACGGAUGGGACUGGCCAGCAGUGUCAAGGACUUCCAAAGGAAAGGGACCCAGAUCGUCCUGUGGACUGAGGACCAGGAGCUGGAGCUGCAGCGGCUCUUUGAGGAGUUCCAGGCUUCUGACGAUGUUCUCGGUCAUAUCAUGAAGAAUAUCACAGCCAAACGUUCUCGGGCUCGAAUAGUGGAUAAACUGCUGGCCCUAGGGUUGGUGUCGGAGCGGCGGCAACUAUACAAGAAACGGAGAAAGAAGUUGGCGCCCUCUUGCGUGUCAAAUGGAGACGAGUCCCCGAAAGAUUCUCGGCAGGAAGAUCCGGAAGAGGAAGAGAGUGAAGAAGAUGAAGAGAAAGAGGAAGACUUGGAGGAAGAACCAGUUCAGGGAAGUUCAGUUUUCUCUGCUGAAAACCUUGGUCAAAGCCUGCGUCAGGAAGGUCUCUCCGCUCCCCUCCUGUGGCUCCAGAGCUGCCUGAUUCGCGCAGCAGAUGAUCGGGAAGAGGACGGCUGCUCCCAGGCAAUCCCUCUGGUGCCUCUGACAGAAGAAAAUGAGGAAGCAAUGGAGAACGGACAGUUUCAGCAUCUUCUACAAAAGCUAGGGAUCCGGCCCCCCUCCUCAGGACAGGAAACCUUCUGGCGAAUUCCAGCCAAGUUGAGCUCCACCCAGCUUCGGAGAGUGGCAGCUUCUUUGAAUCAACAAGAUGAGGAAGAGAGAGAAAAGGAGCCAGAGCUACAUCCAGGAGUCCCCGGAGAGCAGAGUCCCAGUGAGGAGCACCGAGCCAAAGCCCUGAGAGCCCUCUUGUCAGCCCGUAAGAAGAAAGCAGGCCUGGUGUCCCCAGGAGUCACUUCAGAGGAAGAGACCACUGGGGAGAAAGAAUGGAAAACAAUGCCCAAGAAGCGGGAACUGCUGGACAGUGAUGAUGAAGAGGAUGAGGGGAAGGGGCAAGCACCAGAGCUGGGAACUCGAGUAAUCCACAAGAAGAAACGAUUUCAAAUUGAAGAGGAUGAUGAUGACUGACAGGCCAGAUGCCUCCUCGUGCUGGAGACAGAUGCAGUUGGAAGGCACAGCAGCUACCGUGCUGGCACGGAAAGUGAUCGUCCCUACAUGGAGGGCCCAGGAACCCCCAGGGCAGCAGUGCUGGGUGGACUCUGCAGUCGUCCUACCCCAGCUUUAUCAUCUCUGAUGUGAAAUCCAGCUAGACUCCGGAAAUGUAAUCCUCUUCUAGGAACCGUCUCUUAGGAGACAGGAGGAGUAAAUGAAAUACACAGGGCAGCCUGCACGCCUCUCUGGCUGUCUGAGGUGGAUCCCAGCCGCAGACAGGGAGCUUCAUGGCUGCACAUGGGGCGUUCACACUGUCCUCAGAAAGCACUGGAUUUCCUCCAUUUUCUUUCCAGUGGUUGAUCCCAGGACACAGGGUUGAGCCCAUUCCUGCAGUAGAGGUAGAGUUAGGAUGCACUGCUCUCAAGAUGACAGACAUCUUGAUUUGUGUUUAAACAUGUAAAUUAAAAGUUGCUGAUGGUGAUGUGACUUGUCACUCAGUUCUCCAGCCAGCCAUCUGUUGUGUUUUUGGAAGAGUUAGAGUUAAAUCAUUUCCUGAGCUGAGCAGGGAAGCAGAGGAUUACCACAGGAGAGGGAAAAGGCUGGGUAUACCACCACGCCUGGCCCAAUAAAUGUAAUUUUAAAAGGA